AUGGCGGAGAUUCAAACCUUGGAGUCGAAGUUCAUCCAAUUGGGCAUCUCAGAGAAAGGUGGGAUGUUAGCCAGCAUUGAGGUUAGGCCUACUUUCGUUGAGGAGAUCAAGGCCAAACAGUUUGAGGAUGAGAGUCUGGAUGAUNAGGCUAACGUAGUGGCAGACGCAUUAAGCCAGAUGGCGGUGAGUAUGGGUAGUCUAGUUUGCUUGGGUGUGUUUAAGCGACCUUUGUCCAAGGAGAUUCAAACCUUGGAGUCUAAGUUCAUCCAAUUGGGCAUCUCAGAGAAAGGUGGGAUGUUAGCCAGCAUUGAGGUUAGGCCUACUUUCGUUGAGGAGAUCAAGGUCAAACAGUUUGAGGAUGAGAGUCUGGAUGAUCUAAGAAAGAUGACAGUGUAUGGUAAGGCACAAGAUGUGGUUCUUGAUGUGGGUGGUGUACUCAGUUUUAAGGGAAGAAUUUGCGUUCCCCGAGUGGAUGACUUGAUCCAAAAGAUGUUGGCAAAAUCUCAUGGUUCGCGGUAUUCCAUUCAUCCAGGUGUGACCAAGAUGUACCGAGACUUGAAAUGA